AUGGCUGGAGUCACCAAGUCUGCUGUUGCGGCGAAGCACCCGAGCAAGAGUGUGGCGAGCCGCAAGGCCAACAGGAUGAGCCGCAAGAUGGCCAAGAGGCAGGUCAAGGAACAGCACGCAGGUGCUGCCGGCACCAAACGUCAGCAUCGCUGGCGCCCAGGCACUGUUGCCCUGCGUGAAGUGCGGAAGUACCAGCACUCGACGGAAAUGCUGAUCUCGCGUUCCCCGUUCCGUCGCCUUGUGAAGGAAGUCAUGUCCACCAUCAAGGACACAAUGCGCAUGCGCAGCUCCGCUCUGGAGGCGAUCCAGGAAGCGACGGAAUGCUACAUUGUGAACCUGCUCGGCGACGCGAAUCUGUGCACCAUACAUGCCAAGCGUGUGACGCUCUACCCAAAGGACCUGCAGCUCGCGAUGCGCCUCCGUGGGGACCGCGCGUAG